AUGAUGACCCAGGUCUCUUACACAGGCUUCUCGACGCGGGUGCGGAUUUGGAUUUCUUCAACAAAAGCCUUUGGUGCAGAACUGGGCCACUUCCGCCCCACCCGAUUCGAGUUGCUGCUAGAAGAGGUCAUGUCAGCAAUUGAGGGUAAUGGUUCCCAGCUGAGGGAGUCAGAUUACGCCCGGCUUGUUGCGGAAGCCGUAUCCAAAAACAAAACACGCGUUGUCCGAAUGCUCCUCUCAAGGGGUGUUGAUCCGUGGUGCGAUGGAGCUAGUGUCAAUAAGCUUCUGAGCACGGCCGCUCAAGCAAAAAACCCCGAGAUUUUUGAACUAAUACUCUCGGAUUUCACGCAGCGUAGCACUUUGCCUCCUAUUGCAGAGUGGGAUGAUGCUUAUUCGGCGCUGGUUUGCGGAAAGAAUAGAGAACACAUUAUGAGGCUGUUGCUCGCGGCGGGCAUAAACGUGAAUGGUAUAGAUGCCAGUCGUGCAAGGCUGGGCACUAAUGGAGAGGCAAUGUGGCGACCAUUAUGCUGUUUAAAUCAUCCAGGAUCGGUCAGGCUUCUUCUAGAAGCAGGAGCCGACCCGAAUAUUGACCAGGAUGAUAAAUGGGGCCCCUUGGCUUGUGUGGUGGACAACUAUGAUAUCCUUAACAGAUCCCAAAUUUCAUCCCAAGAGCAGAGGGACCGACGCAUGGAACUGUUUCAACUACUUUUCGAGUACGGAGCUGACCCGAGGCGAGCCGGAGGGGGUUCGGCUCUGCAUGGGGCACUGCGGGACCAGGACUUUUGUUCGGCUACCCUUCUUGCUGACAAGGGUGCGAGAAUAAGGGUUGCGGAAUUAACGGCGCCCGAACUAGAAAACCUGGACCAUGCGGUAGUGGAGCAUGAAUGGGAAACAGUUAUGAGACUGACCCCGCCUAAAUGGUCUUUUGUCGGUUAUGUUAGGCCAGGUGAGUUCCGCAGAGGGAGACGUAUGAUGAGAUCCAUGAGUGAGAGGGGUGAUGUUCCACCCUGGUCAACAAGCGAGAAUCGUGUGGUUGAUGAGAGUGAAACACCACUGCCAUCCUACGUACGUCAAACCCCCGGUGGUUGUUCCACUUAG